AUGGCAUCCUUCAACGAAGACGAAAAACCAUCCAGAUCACCCUCCCCUCGGCGAUACCCAGAUCCAUUCAAUGAAGGCAUACAACCUCACGUCGGCUUUGCUGAUCAGAGAAGAGUUCCCUACGGUCAGAGCACCCUCUCCCUCUCCGACACGCUCCACGAUGCAGGUCAACAACCGGGUUACGAGGGCAUCGAAGAAGAAGAGCUUCCCUUGACGGCAGGGCAGGCAUACACUUCACGUGGCUUUGGAAAUAACCCACGCCCCGGUCAACUAGACGACCGCCCACUCUCUACCGUAUCAGGUACUACGGACGAGUCCGAGGCAUGGCGUCGGCGCCAAACUAUUCGUGUUCGGGGUCGCACCAUCAAGGUCAAGCUCACGCGGGGCAACUUCAUCAAUGAGUAUGAUGUGCCAACCGCCGUGCGCAAUGCCGUAGAAGCGAAAUGGAUGGAUAAGAUUACCACCAGCGAGUUCACAAAGAUGCGAUACACCGCAGCCACGUGUGAUCCGGACGAGUUCACCAACGAGAACGGGUGGUCGCUCCGCCAGCAGCAUUACAACCGCCACACCGAACUGCUCAUUGCCGUGACCUCGUACAACGAAGACAAGAUCUUAUAUGCGCGUACCCUCCACAACAUCAUGCUUAAUAUUCGAGACAUUUGCAAUACCAAGGCAUCCAAAUACUGGAAGCGCUCCAUGGAGGAAGGGGUCCCGGGCUGGCAGAAGAUCACCGUCGCCCUUAUCAUGGACGGUAUUGAACCUUGCGACAAGGCCGUCCUUGAUGUUCUUGCCACUCUCGGGGUCUAUCAGGAUGGUGUCAUGAAAAAGCAGGUCGACGGCAAAGACACAGUGGCUCACAUUUUCGAGUAUACCACACAGUUGUCCGUCGACGCGACUCCCCAACUCGUCCUCCCACACGGCGACGACCCCAACAAUCUUGUACCAGUCCAGAUCAUCUUGGUCCUCAAGCAGAAGAAUUCCAAAAAGAUCAACAGCCAUCGCUGGCUGUUCAACGCCAUUGGGAAGUUGCUGCAACCUGAGAUAUGUGUGCUCAUCGAUGCUGGUACUAAACCCGGACACAAGUCCAUUUACUACCUUUGGGAGGCUUUCUACAAUGAUCCCAACCUGGGCGGCGCAUGUGGAGAGAUUUAUGCGAUGCUUGACGGUGGCAAGAAACUGAUGAACCCCCUCGUGGCUGCGCAAAACUUUGAAUACAAAAUGAGCAACAUCCUCGAUAAGCCGUUAGAGAGCUCGUUUGGCUAUGUGUCGGUUCUUCCCGGUGCAUUCUCCGCAUACAGGUACCGAGCCAUUCAAGGCAGGCCUCUGGAACAAUACUUCCAUGGUGAUCAUACUCUGGCCGAGCGUCUUGGGAAAAAGGGUAUCUAUGGCAUGGACAUCUUCACCAAGAACAUGUUCUUGGCCGAGGAUCGGAUCCUCUGUUUCGAACUCGUUGCCAAAGCAAACGACAAGUGGACCUUGACUUACGUCAAACCAAGCAAAGCGGAGACCGAUGUGCCUGAAGCAGCAGCCGAGCUGAUUGGUCAACGUCGUCGAUGGCUUAACGGGUCCUUUGCCGCGUCAGUCUACUCUCUUGUCCACUUCUUCCAACUCUACCGUUCUGGCCAUGGUUUUGUCCGUUUGUUCUUCUUCCACUUGCAGGCUUUGUACAACCUUUUCAACCUCUUGUUCAGUUGGUUCGCGUUGGCCAAUCUUUGGUUGACUUUUUCUAUCAUUAUCGAGCUCUUGCCAAAUCAAGGCACCUUCAUUUUUGGCAACCAAUUCGUCACCGACUGGAUCAACCAAGUGUUCAAAUGGGUUUACCUUGCAUUCCUGGCUCUGCAAUUCGUGCUCGCCCUGGGAAACCGGCCCAAAGGAGAACGAGCGCUCUACGUGACAACCCUCUGCGUCUACGCCUUCCUGGGCUUAUACCUUAUCGUGGCAUCUGUUUGGCUCACCGCCCUGGCCUUUUCUAUGGUGAAAUUCACAAAUGCCCCUACCGUGGCUGACAAGAUUUUGGUUCUCAUCGACGGCAACGGUGGCGCAAACGGCAUUCUACUGGCCGCGCUCGCAGCAACGUUUGGCAUCUACUUGUUCGCGUCGCUGUUGUACACGGAUCCUUGGCACAUGUUGCACAGUUUCCCGCAGUAUCUGUUGAUCGCCCCAAGCUUUACAAAUGUGCUUAAUGUGUAUGCGUUCUGCAACCUGCACGACGUGAGUUGGGGAACAAAAGGAUCGGACAAGGCGGAUGUUUUGCCAGCAGUGAAAUCGAAGAAGGAUCAGGCGACUGCCAACGCGAUUGUGGAAGAUGUGCAGAAGCCACAGGAAGAUAUCGACGCGGCGUUCAAAGAGACGGUGACGCGGGCCGUUGCACCGUUCAAGCCGAAGAAUGAUGUUGAUAAGCCGACGAUGGACGAUCAGAACAGGACGUUCCGUACGCGUCUGGUGGCGUUGUGGAUGUUGACGAACGGGUUGAUAGCGGUUCUGAUCGAGAAUAUCAGCGGUGUUACAAACAACGAGAACGAACAGCAGCUGGUGGCGCAACAGGCGGACCUGACGAAUAAGCAGCACAUCUACUUUGCUGUUAUCCUGUGGACGACGUUUGGGUUGUCGUUUGUGCGAUUCCUUGGUUGCGUGUGGUACUGGUUGAAGAGGAACCUAUUCCGCCUGUGCCGCCGCAACUGAGAUUACCUUUGUUUUUUCUGUCGUUUUACAUGACUGAGUAUGGAUCGUGAUUCAAGGACACUCUGUUUUAUAUGGUUAGGGGAUUAAUUGU